GGCGCCAUCAGCUGUUCUGUGUUUAUGUUUUGUCGUGAUAAACAAUUUCGCGCACUGAUAAGAAAAGCACACAGUGAUAAAUUAGACGCAAAUUUGUGAUUGAAUAAUCAAGCAGAUUGAAUGCAGUCGUCAUUUUUACUAAUGAGUGGUGCUCUGCUGGCAAGACGUAUCAGCGGCAUUCAACGAUUCGCAUCAAGAAACAUGUCGACCGCCAGUGGUGCCCUGCGAACCGGUUCCAGCCCGAGGAUUGCCAUCGCUCAGAUGCGCUCCACCAACGACAAGGACCACAACAUGGCCCAGGUGAAGACGAUCAUCCAGAGGGCCAAAGACCAGCAAGCUAUCUUUGUGUUCUUUCCGGAAUGUUGCGACUACGUGGGAAGCAAUCGAGAGGAGACGCUGAAGCUGUCCGAACCCCUAACCGGUCGGACGGUGGCUGAGUACAAGCAGCUAGCCAAGGACAACGGGCUUUGGCUGUCGAUGGGUGGCGUCCACGAAUCGAUAGCGGAAUCGGAUUCAAAAUCAAAGACCGGAGAUGUUCAGAACAUCUACAACACUCACAUUGUGAUAGACAACGAGGGGCAGCUGGUGGCCCAGUACCGGAAGUUGCACAUGUUCAACGUUGUGACGCCGGAGUUCAAGUUCCGGGAAUCGGAAACGGUGCGCUCGGGGAGUGAGCUGGUGCCCCCGAUCGAAACUCCAAUCGGACGAGUAGGAUUGCAAAUUUGCUACGACGUCCGGUUCGCGGAAGCAAGCACUCUGCUUCGGAAGCAGGGAGCGGAAAUCCUGACGUACCCCUCGGCCUUUGCCGUCUCAACGGGUCGAGCGCACUGGGAAGUUUUACUCCGGGCGCGGGCCAUCGAGAACCAGUGCUUCGUGAUAGCAGCGGCCCAAAUAGGUUUCCACAACAAAAAGCGGGAAAGUUACGGACACGCCAUGGUCGUCAAUCCCUGGGGUGUCAUCCUGGGGCAGGCUAGUCAACAGGACUUGGAUGUGGUCGUUGUAGAUCUAGACUUUGGAAAACUGGCCAACGUGCGCCAGAAUAUGCCCUGUUUCGAGCAUCGGAGAGACGACAUUUACAAUCUGUCCUACCGGAAGGGCACCGCCAAGUUGGAGAACUUUGACGAAAAGUACAACUUUGGCGGGUACGACAUUCCAAAAGAUACGGUUUUCUACUCUUCAGAGCUGUGCUAUGCCUUCGUCAAUAUCCGUUGCGUCGUUCCUGGACACGUUCUCGUGUCGACUAAGCGGUGGGCAGCCCGAAUGCCGGACCUGACCCCGGCGGAAAUCAACGACUUCUUCCAAACGGUGUGCAAGGUGCAGAAGGUGGCCGAGAGUUUGUACGGUGGAUCGUCGGCCACCGUCACGGUCCAGGAUGGCCCCGAUGCCGGACAGACCGUGUUUCAUGUGCACUGCCACGUGAUGCCCCGACACCAAGGGGACUUUCCCGAGAACGAUCAAAUCUACGGAGAGCUGAACAUGCACGAUAAGGAACCGGAACGGCCCCGUCGAUCGCUGGAAGAAAUGCGUGCCGAAGCGGACCGGUUUCGGGAGGAGUUUGCCCGGAUGGGACUGUGAGGUUGGCUUUUUAUGGGGUAUUAUGGUUUUAUACAUGUUAUGUAUAACGCUAAGAUAAUCAACGUUGAAUUAUGGGUGAAACGCUAUAUUUUAUGAAAUUAAAAUUUUAUUUGUCUUCGAACGUUCCUAAUAUUUUAUAA